AUGUUUGCCAUCUACCUCCUCCUCCCGCUGCUCCCUCUGGUGUCGGCGCAGACCUAUCACUGGGGUCCCUGUCCCACACCGAAAGUGCAGCCCAACUUCAACCUUCAACAGUAUCUGGGUAGAUGGUACGAGAUCGAGAAGCUCCCGGCUUCCUUCGAAAGAGGAAAGUGCAUCGAGGCAAACUACGCCAUAAGGAAAGACGGUACCAUCCAGGUGCUGAACUCUCAGUUCUAUAAGGAAAAGGUGAGGGUAGCAGAAGGCACAGCAGUGGUUCAUGACCUGAGGGAACCUGCCAGACUCGGAGUAGGCUUCUCGUAUUUUACUCCCUACAGCCCAUACUGGGUUCUGACCACUGACUACACUAGUUUGUCCGUCGUGUACUCCUGCACGGACAUCCUCCGCCUGUUCCACGUCGACUACGCCUGGAUCCUCGGCCGGUCACGCUUCCUGCCUCCGGAGACAGUGCGGUAUGCCAAAAACCUGCUGGCCACCGAAGGAAUCGACCUCUUCAGGAUGAAGGCCACAGAUCAGACGGGCUGCAAGGAUAACUAGGGACUGAUGGAGACUCCGAGUCAUUGCACCUUAACCACGCAUAGUGGGCGUGGCAGGGCUUGAGGCUUGAAUAUCA